UAUGAUCUGUUUCUAACCCUGGUAGAUAUGAUGCUUUUUAGCUUAAUAUGCAAGGUGGUGUAUUUAAUUGAUGGAGUAAGUUUGGGGAAAGUGUGGCAAUAUAAGGAAUUUGAGUUUGGAAAGAGAAAGUGAGAAACUUGGUACAAAAAUGCUGUGAUUUGGCUCUAUUACAAGAAACUUCCUUCUGUUUCUUUUGGUGGGGCAGAGGGAGAGGGGUAUGAUUGGGACCCCUGAUACAAAUUUGUUAUCUUCUUGUUAAUAUUUCAAAUAUGCUGUGUUUAUUGUCAUAAUGUACAUCUGUCUGAAGAUAGAUAUAAGCAUCUUCUAUAGACUCUAGUUUUGUAUGGCAUUUGGCAGUUUUGUACAUCUGUUUUGUUCUUGUGCUUACAAGCCCUACCUUCUUUUUGUUGGAUGCUUAUUAUGUUGCCAGAUUAUAGCUUGGAUUUUUUCGACUGCAUUUGGAACAUUAUAGCUUGUUACAGUUCAUUGAUUUUCUUUACUAAGUCUUCAAUGUGAUAGAGGCUCAACUGUUACUGUGUUAGGGUUCUUUUCUUCAUUCAUUUGAGUAGGAAGGUUCCUUAACAAACAAUAUGAUGUUAUACAUUGAUUGAAAUAUAACCAUUUAUGUACCUUUAAGCUUCUGGGACAAGUGAUUCCAUGACAAGGGCAGUGGAAUUUUUAUGAUCUAAAGGUCUAGAGGUCGACCUUUGUUGAUCUCAAAAGAAAAGGUUUUAGCGUAAGACAAAUAAAAAAGAAGAGGAAAAAACUAUUCAAAAUUGGCGCAAAUCCAAAAAAAAAAAAGAAAGAAAAAGCAAUUUUGCAAGUGUGCAAAUGAAAAUUUUCAUUUCAUACCUUUCAGGUUUGUGGUUGCAGUUACCAAAGCCCUCGUCAUGGGUACUAUCAUUGAAGAUGACUCAUUUACUAAGCCCUUAGGAAGAUGGCCUGUCUUCUAUUAUGGCAUGGGACACAUGCUUAAUGACAUUACGGCUGCUUGUUGGUUCACCUAUCUAUUAUUGUUCUUGACGGAUAUUGGACUUUCACCAAGGGAUGCAGCGGUUGUGAUGCUUUCAGGUCAAGUGGCUGAUGGUUUUGCCACCAUAUUUGCUGGUGAACUGAUAGACAGAUUUGGGCAUUUCAAGAUUUGGCAUGCUGCCGGAUCCAUAUUGGUGGCUGUUUCUUUUUCUUCUGUUUUUGGAGGUUGUCUACCAUGUAAAAUCUUCGGUUCCAACUCUAAAACAUUCGAAACUGCCAGUUACAGUGUAUUUGCAGCAAUCUUCAAUGUAGGCUGGGCUGCUACUCAGGUUUCACACAUGUCCAUGGUUACUUGCAUCACAUUGAACUCUACCAGCAGAGUGGCACUAGCUAGCUGUCGCAAUGCUUUUACCAUGGUUGCCAACCUAAGCCUUUAUGGAGUUGCGUUGAUAUUAUUCAGUGUCAUUAGUGGGAAAACAUAUGCUGGUGUUGAAAAUCAGUACCGUUGGAUUGCAUAUCUGUCAAUUCUUAUUGGCUGCUGCUUCGUUGGCAUAUUUCAUCUUGCAACCAAAGAACCCAGAUUGAAGGUUGGUGUACAUGGAUCAGUUCAUGCUAGGAUUUCAUGGGUCUAUUGGUUCAAGAGAGUUUUGUAUUAUCAGGUUGCUCUUGUUUAUGUUCUCACGAGAUUAGUUCUCAACGUUUCACAGGCAUACCUUGCAUUCUUUGUCAUCAAUGACCUACAUAUGGCCCAAUCAGCCAAAGCUUUGGUUCCUGCUAUUAUAUACAUAUGCAGUUUCGCUGUAUCUAUUGCAUUACAGGAGAUUGCAUGGACCGGUCGAAGGCUGAAGGCCUACUACUCUGCUGGGUGCAUUCUUUGGAUUUUUUGCGGUGCCGUGAUCCUCCUUUUAACAAGAAAUAUGAGUUAUGUGAUGUACAUAGUAUCAGUAUUUAUUGGCAUAGCAAAUGCUAUGAUGACGGUGACUGCAGUAAGCAUGCAAAAUUUUCUCAUUGGUGAGGACCUUAAUGGCUGUGCAUUUGUUUGUGGAUCAUUGAGCUUUGUGGACAAAAUUUCAUGCGGGCUUGCUUUAUAUGUUCUUCAGUCAUAUCAAAAUGUGUCUCCACAGCUCCAAGGAACACAAAUGGUCCUUUCAGUUACAAGGUUAGGUUUGGGUCUUGUUCCUGCAUUAUGUGCACUAGUUGGUGUGGCAGUAACUUGCACUAUGGAUUUCAACAACCCUUCAAAAUCUUUGACAGCACCGCUGCUAGUUUAGCCGUGUGUUCAUCAACAUGAUCGUUCUACUUCAUCUCUAACUAAUAUACAAAGAUAGCAUUUGAAAAUUCAACACAAGAAGUAAUCUUGGAAAUAUUCACAUUGUUUUUAGCAAGUUAUAUGUAUUAGUUAUUUAUUGAAUUGUUCUUAAUUAUAAGAAAUGUGAGGUCGAAUGUACAUAAUAGUAUGUUCACGAUUUAAUUGAAAUUUAUACUAGUA